AACACGUAGAUCUCAUUUCACCAAGUAACAGGAUGGAGGAAACUUCUCUGCUGCUGCUGCUGCUCUGUGUGACCUCACUGCUGAGCUGCACAACAAACCAAGCCUCUCUGACUGUGAGUCCCAGCAGCUCUCAGAUGUUUGAAGGAGACUCUGUCUCUCUGAGCUGUGAGGAGGACGACAGCUCUGCUGGAUGGACUCUGAGGAGGAACACAACCACAGACACCAGAACUGAAUGUGGAGCUGGCUGGGGAAGAUCAGCUGGUUCUGUCUGUAACAUCAGCUACAUGGUCCCAUGGCACAGUGGAGUUUACUGGUGUGAGUCCAGAGAGGGAGCAACCAGUAAGAGCAUCACCAUCAGUGUCACUGGUGGAUCAGUGAUCCUGCAGAGUCCUGUCCUCCCUGUGAUGGAGGGACAUGAUGUCACUCUGCACUGUAAAACAAAGACGUCCUCCAACCUCCCAGCUGCUUUCUAUAAAGAUGGCUCCUUCAUCAGGACUGAGCCUGCAGGUCACAUGACCAUCCGCCAUGUAACCAGGUCUGAUGAAGGCCUCUACAAGUGUGACAUCACAGGUCAUGGAGAGUCUCCACCCAGCUGGCUCACUGUCACAGGUCAGGAGGUUACCUUUGAUUUCAGGAGUUCAUUCAUCCAGAUAUUCACCUGA